AUGGCGAACUCCGCCAGUCCGGUCCGGAGCCGCAGUUCGGCAGAUGAGAUUUUGCAAAAGAAGGGUGCGUCGGAUGUCGGCGUCGAUGUCGGCGUCGAUGUCGAUGUCGAUGUCGGUGCGGACGAGUAUGCGAUGCGGGAGGGAGGGCGCAAGAGGGACCUGCCGACUGCGAGCCAGGAGGACCUGGAGCAAAAGCUUAUCGCCAUGCUGGGUGCAGGGAUCGUUCAGCGUGUGCCUACUGUGUACAAAUGGAACGCAGCAAGCACACAGUCCAUCCAGCAUGGCUCUCCUCCAACGGCCAUUCCCGGCGCCGGCUCGGCGAACUUGACCUGGGCAGGCAGGCUUAUGCCCGUUCGCACCUCAUCGGGCCUCUACAUGGCGAUGCCUCGGCUCUUGACCAGCAGCCGGCACCAAAGGUCAUUCCCCGAUCCCAGGCUUAGAUACAUCAUCAGCAGUAGGCUCAGCGUUGUGACGCACUCGGGCAUUGCAGCAGCUGAGGACUGA